AUGAAUUAUGUAUUUAAAGUUUUCGUGGCUAAAUUUCUCAAUCUUUAUAUUGAGGGAUUUGGAGGCUCUUAAGUAUAAUUGUAUUAAGGAGCAUUGAAUCUUUAAAAAGUUUAGCUCAAAUUGUAAACUCUGAAUAAAUUACUUAAAGAAUUAUUGAUUCCUUUUACAAUACUCAAAGCUGAUAUUGAAAUGCUCAAAAUAGAUAUUCCUUGGGCAUCUUUAACUACUCAGCCUAUCAAAACACAUAUAAGUGGUUUGAAUGUAAUCAUACAAUAUAAUGAAUAAGAAGACAUUGAAAAUUUGAUCUAGGAUUUAUCAAAAAAAUAAAAUACAGAAAAUAAGAUAUCAAUUUAAGAUGAGAUUCGAAAACACAAAGAAAUAGAUGAAUAAGUAUUAAAAAGAUUUGUAAAAAAAUUAUUACUUAAUCUUUCUUUUGAAAUUAAAGAUAUUUAAGUUGAGUUGCUAAUUAAACAACAAUAUAGAUUAUAAGUUGUUUGUCAAUAAUUUAGUACAUCAUGUUAAGAGAAUUUAAGAAUAAAUCCUGAAGAUGUUGAUUAAUUUCAUAGAGAAUUAAAAGUGGAGACAUUUUUUAUUAAAUUGAUUCGUUUUAAGGAUGAUGAUAUUUCAAAUUAGUAAUUAUUAGCUUUAGAUUAAUGUAAUUCUUAUCUAGAAAGAUCCAAAGAUUCUAUAUAUUGUCAUGUUGAAUUUAAUAACUUUAAUAUUAUUUUAGAUAAAGACAUUGUAUUAUUGGCAAAUGAUGCUAUGGAUAAACAUACUUAAUUAUAAUAAUUAGUUUAAAAUAAGUUAAAUGAAUUCAAAAUUCAACCUAUUCAUGAGAAUUUCAUUUUUAGAGAUAUUACAACUGUAAGUAAGGGAAUUCAUUUAUCUAUAUUUUCUAAUAAUCUAUUUAUUCAAUCAUAAUUAUUAACAUUAUUUAUUUAAUAAUGUAAUAUUUGUGCUAAAUCAUUUUUAUAGUAAAUGUUAUAUAAAUUAAGUUUUGAGGAAAUACAUGUAAUAAAAUUUAUUGUAUAUAUUUAGAUUAAAUAUAAUGGACUUAAGAUUGUUUAAUUGACUAAAUAAGAUAGUAAUGAGUUUAGUAUAUGGCCAGAAUUGCACAAUCAAGAUGCAGAUAAAGUAAGCAUUGUUCUAAUUGUAGUAAUAAAUUAUUAUAGAAAUCGCACAAAAUUAAAGUGAUAGAAUGAAAUUGAUAGAGCAAAAGUUAUUUCUUUAAAUAGAAUUCAUUCAUCUUGAAGUAGAUAUUCAACAUUUAAUAUAAAAUUCAUAAGCAAUCUUAAAUCAUAUUUAAAGUUAUUAAUGUUUUAUACCUCCUCAAUAAUAAUAAUAAAUAUCAACUAAAAGUCAAACUCAUAUCAAAUCUCUUUAAAAAAAAUUAACAUUUAAAAUGAAUAUUAUGAAAAAUAAAUUAACUCUUAAUGUAUCUGGAAUAACAUAAUUCUAAUUAUUAUUUCAAAGUUAAACUCAUAUUGGAAUGUAUUAAAAGAAAGAUAAAAUAAAAAAUAUUGAAUUGAAACAUAAUUAAUUAUAAUUUCAUUUAUUUGAUCAAAAUUAGCAUCUUUUAGUAUCUCUAAAUGGAUUUAAUGCUAUUUUUGAUUAUUUCAAAUAAAUUGAAUUAAAUAUUCAAAUUUCAUAAGUUUAAAUAAGAAUAUAAAAAAAUACAUUUGCAUAAUUAAUAUCCUUAUAAAAAAUUAUAGAAACUGAAAAAUUUGUAUAAAAUGAUUCAAUUUAAAAUAAAUAAGUAUAAAAUAAUUAAUAACAUCAUAAAAAUAUUAAAUUUACAGCAUUAAUGGAGAGAUGCUAAAUAGAUUUUGGAUAAUGUAUAAAGAUUAAUAAUUAUGUAUCUUUUAUUACACUUAACAUUAAAUAAUUGAAUUUAUAAUUAUUAUUAAUUGAAAAUAAUGCACAUCAUUUAGAAUUAAAAUCUAAUUUUAAUUUAUGGACUACUCAUCCUUUAUAGAAAAAAAGUUGUAAAAUUACUAAUGUAAAUAUUAUUAAUCUAUUUUAAGACUAUUAAAUGUAAAUUAUUAUGGAAUAAAAUAAUUGAUUCUAAUUAAUAAGAUUCUUAAAAUAUUCUUUAGAUUUAAAAUGCUGUUGAAAUCAAAUUAUCUUAAUUAACAAUAUCAAAUAUAUUAAAUACAUUUAAUUUAUUAAGUGGAUUAGAUGUUGUUAGUGUAAUAAGAAAUAAAACAAAAAAGAAAAUAUUACUUAAGAUUAUAAAUGUUUAAACUAAAAAUGUAUAAUCAUUCACACUUGAAACUGAAGAUUCUACAUUGCUUUCAUCAUUAUAUGACAAUCUUUAAGGUUAUUUAUAUUUAUAUAUUUUAAAUAGAUCCUAAAGAUUAUCCUACAUAUUAAAUCUAAUUAGGCUUAGAAAUUAAUGAAUCUCUAUAAUUUUGGUCUUCAGCUUAUCCAUUUCAUUUAUCCAAAUAAUAUUUUAAUAAAUUUGUAUUAAUUGAUGAAAUAGAUUAACAAGAACAUGAUAUUUUUUUAAAGGCUGUUAAUAAUGAAUUUAUUUUAACUUAAUAGGAUAAAUAAAAUACAGAUUUAUAGACAGUUGCAGAACCUACUAUAGAAAAUUAAUCUGAUUAUUUAUUGACAUUUAAAACUGGGAGUGUUGAAUGUUUUUUAAUAGAGGGAAAUUCUAAAAAGGUUUUCCAUACAAAAUUAACAGAAUAGAAUACAAUUACAUUAAUAUUAAGUAUUAUAAUGAUUUUAUUUUUAUAGUGACUGAAAAUUAAUAAGAAAUAAAGUUUAAUUUAAAAGAAGUGAUUUAACAAAAAACUGUUUUAUCAUUUAAUUUUGUAAAAAUAGAUAAUAAUUUUUAUAAUGUGCUUCUUUCAUUUGAAUUAGUAAAAGAUCCUAAAGGAUAAUAUUUUUAGAAAGUCAUAAUAAAACCAUUUCUAAUUAUUGUUAACUUACUUCCAUGGAAUUUUAGUAUUGGAAAUGCAUAAUUUAUAAAUUUACCUAUAAGUGUUGAUGUUAAUAUGAAUAAUACUCUUAUAAAUAAUUUUGAUUAAUAAUUAGAUUUAUUUUAUGCAAAUUUAUUGAAUAAUAGAAAACAUACAUCAAAUUAAUCAUAAUAAAUUAUUAUUAAUGGAUAAGUUACAAAUUUGUAUUAUUUAAACUUUUUAAAGGAAGGGAAAUAUGCAAUAGAGAUUAAUAAGAGACAUCAUAUGAUUAUGAUAUUUAGAAAUAAUGUUUUAGUGUAGAAUUAAAUGUGUUUUGUUAUUUGUCGUAACAUUUAUUAAUAGUAAAUAAAAUAUUUAUUAUUAAAAAAUAAAACUUAAUUUAAUUUUAUUUUAAUGAAAAAUAAAUCAAGAAUUCAUAUUUAUCCAUAUUCAGAUAAUUGUCUUGAAUACAAUAUAUAAAAAGGGGAUAAAUAUAGAAUAUUUGUUACUAAUUAAGAUUAUGAAUUAAUGUAAUUAUUAGAUUCUGAAACUAUGACUAAACAUAAUUUAAAAGUAAAUAAAAUUUAAAUUUAAAAUAUUCAUAUUAUAGAAAUUAUAAUUAAUGAAGAAAAGAUUAUAGGAAAAGAAUUUAAAAUAUCUAUUCCUAAUGUAAAAAUAGACAUUUAAGUUUGUGAUAGAUAGGAGAUUAAUAUCUUUUUUGAUUUAAAUUUAAGAUUUUUCUCUGAUACUCAUUUAGAUAUUUUAAUUUAAAAUUUUAUACUUUAAUUUGAGAAUAUUAAUGUAAUUAAUAUUACUGAUUGUUUUUCAAUUAUUGAAAUGUCAAAAUCAAAUGAUUUAAAUAUCAUAAUGAUAAAUAAUAUUUUCUUUAAAAUAAAAGAUAUCAAAUUAAAUAUUUAAUAAUAAUUUCUUAAUUCAAUUAAGUUAUUAAUUUAAUUAUUAAGAUUAGAUCCUUUAUUUUUAAGAUAAGAAUAAUAAUAAUAAAUAUAAUCUACUAAAUGUUAAUGGGAAUAAUUAAUAUAACCAACAUUUAUUAUUUUAAAUAUGAUUAUAGAUCCAAUAGCAUUAGAAAUUAAUAUAUUAACAUAAAUGAUAAAUAUGACUAAUAAUAUACUCUUACCUUAAUAAUAAAUAAAAAUGAAAAAAUUCAAACCAAAUCAAUUAAAAUAAGAAAUUGUAUCCUUUUAUUUGGCAUUUCUAAUUACUAAAAUUCCUACAAUUUAAUUAUUAAUAUAAAAUUUACCUAAUCCAUUAUAAUUAUUAUAAUCUAAAAAGAAUGAACCUGAUGUUGUUAAAUUACCUUAUUUUUUCAUACAUUCACCUAUAUAAACUAAAAUUAAUUAAACAGAAUAUGUUUAUUUAAAUAAAAAUUGUAAAUUAGCUAUUUCAAAUGAAAAAUUAAUAAGAUGUCAAAUUGUAUUAAGUAAUGAUAAACUUGAAAUAUUUGCAUAAGAUGAAAAAUAAACAAUUCUUUUAGAUUCAAUAUCAUAAAUUAGAUUAAAUAAAUAAAAUUUUAGUAUUUAUGUAAAGAAAAAUUUGA